UUUUAUUUUUAUUUUUUUUCAUUCAUUCAUUCCGCCCUCCAUCACCUCAGUCAUGGCGUCUGCAAACUUCGUUAAGACUGGACGCAAGAUUAUUGCUAUCGGUCGCAACUAUUCCGAGCAUGCUAAAGAGCUAGGAAACGCUGUUCCUACUUCACCCUUUUUCUUUCUCAAACCACCUUCGUCCUACAUCACUAACGGUCAGAGUAUCGAAAUCCCCACUGGUUGUGAAGUCCAUCAUGAACUCGAGUUAGCAGUUAUCAUCGGUAAAAAUGGACGUGAUAUUCAAGCCAAUGAAGCCGAUGAUUAUAUUUCAGGAUAUGCGCUUGCUCUUGACAUGACAGCUCGUGAUCUACAAGAGCAAGCCAAGAAGGCGGGUAGACCUUGGAGCGCUGCCAAGGGGUAUGAUACUUUUACUCCUAUUGGGGAUUUCAUUCCUAAAGAGUAUAUUUCUGAUCACGACAAUGUGGACCUACUCCUUCAGAUCGAUGGAGUCACUAAGCAGCAAGGUAACACUCGCGAUAUGAUUUUUAGUGUCCCGACAUUGAUUGAAAAUGUCUCUUCGAUCAUGCGACUCGAGGAAGGCGACGUAAUCUUGACAGGAACCCCAAAGGGUGUUGGGCCGGUCUAUCCUGGAGAGACCAUUACAUGUGAGCUAGCUUUUGGUGGCAAAACCCUGUCGCAACUACGAUUCUCCGUCAUUGAUCGCCCCAAGCCCAACUCGUCAUUGGCGUCAGCAAAAUAAAUUAU